AUGGUGACGGGACGACAAUACGCUUAUCAAUGCCCCAUAUGCAUUUUCUCACAUGGACAUGCCGAAGGUCGAACAUGGAAGGGCACGAAUAUCUUCCUUGAUCACGUCUCGACUCAUCGUGGCAAGGAGAUCCCGUCGGAAGUUCUACAUAAGCUUAACAUCAUCAAUGAAUAUGUCGCCGAUGACAAGGAGAACUUCGACCUAAAUCUGUACCCUCCGGGCUUCGAUAGCAAAAGUAGCUAUGGCAGUAGUGAGAGCAGCUUGACGCUCUCGCGAGCUCCGACACAUACUAGUGUUCUGGAGAAGGUCUGGGGUAGGAAAGAUAGUACUGCACCUCCGGCGAUAGACACGAACCAGGCAGCGCAUCGAGGUCAGAUGUUCUCGAAUGUAAGAGAACGGUCGGACUCUGUUGUACCUGGUGCUGAGAAGGACGGCGUGGCUAGGAUCGAGCAUGUGGUGAUUGUUGAACCAUGGAGCGCUGGUCUGAGUGAAUUCCACAAGGAACGCGAUAUCGACUAUCUUAGUGAGGAGUUUUAG